AUCGGUACAAAACUGAUGGACUAGCUUCAAACAUAAUGCCAACAUCAGUAUACAAAUUAUUAGUGAUUAUGAAUUAUAAUUUCCAAUUCUUUAUUCGCAUAGCAAAUACACGUUACAUCCAUUUCCAAAUUAUAUUGAUUACAGGAAUUUGCCAUCAUUCAAUUUCGCAUAUAAUUUCUAAUAUUUCGCACUGACUUCGCGGCACGCGAUUUUCUGUGUCUGUACAUUAAUUUUGAGAUUUCGCCGAUUCAGACGAUGGAAACUAGGAACAAUGAACUCUGUGUUCAAUAAUAAUCAUCCCGACGCCGCGUGGUAGUUUAGCCGCUUAUACGUUCGUCGUAUAGAAUUUCAUGAAGUUUCUUCGAUCGCGAACGUGUGUCCGUUGUGUGUCACUGUUCCAAGGGUGUUUUGUAUUACCGUGUAUAAUGGAAUGGAAAUAAAUCCCGCCGCUUGUAUACGUUCCACGUGCUUAAUGUUAUUGUCGCAUUGAAUUUACGAUUCGUCGAGCGGCCCCACGAUGCCUCAGUGUUUUCUUUCCUAGUGUAGGCCAACGACAUUUAAAUAACAAUCAUAAUGGUGUUCAGCUGCAUCUGCAGUUAAAUUGUUUAGCGGCUGCGCGUGUAAUUAUGAAAAUUGAUCGUGCACAUUCGUUGAAUUAAACAGCCGUAAAAAGAUCAAUUAAACGCGAGCCGUUCAUAUUUUCACUAUAAAACGUACGCUUUUAAUAUUUUAGGCCCUCUCUCCGUAUCGGUCGUUGAACACACUGCGCAAACACGUAAUCAAGUUUUAUGAAAAAUCACGCGCCGAUCUGUCUACCGGGGAAGUGUUGUUUCGAUGACAAUUAAUUCGAACGGGAUAUUGUUCUCCAAUAUUGUUGUUCUCCGUUGCAUCCGGUCGAUCGAAAAUGCCAAUUUGUUGCAGGCCAAUUUAAAACGCGCGCUUCGGAAAAUUUUAAUCCCCGUUGCGAUUAUCGAUCUAUCGGUACGUAUCGGUGGUUUCAUUUUUUUUUCGUAAUGAAAUCAAUCUCCACAGCAGUGUAAAUAAUCGUCGUGCCAAAAUCCUGCUGGGCAAAAAGUGCAAAUGUGAGGCGAACAAUUUCUUCGUUUGCCAGGCGCGUGUACAGUGAGACGUCGGAAAAUGUUCGAAACAUAGGAUGCCGAGUGUGUGCGUGAAAUCGGAAGCAUCGGUGAGACGAUGUAGUGUCGUGCGACGUAUGAAUAGGAACCUGUGAAACGUGCAAGUCUGUUUGAAAUUAACGUGGCCACCGGUUCUGUGAAAAAUAUUGGAAACCGUGACGACCAGAUGGGAAGUGAUGUCUACCUAUUAUGGCAGAACCGUUCUCGAAGAGAUUCGUCACAGCUAAGUACAUGGGUUCGUUUCCUGUGGCGAUUCCCGACAUUGCCAGCCGUGCUGAAUACGUUCGCUCCCAACUGGAGACUCUCAGAUACAGCGAUCGGUCUACUCCAGUUCUUCUGAUAGUCUCGCUAGCGGGUAUCAAAGUAUGCAGUCCAGAUGGAAAAUGCGUGCAAAUGGCGCACGCGUUAAGGCGCAUCUCGUACGCAACCUGUGAACCCCAGCACGCACAAUUCAGUUUUCUCGCCCGAGAGCCUAGAGCGCACUUCAGCAUACAAUAUUGCCAUUCCUUCAUUACCAAUUCUGCAGAACAGGCCGAGGAGUUGAACACCCUUGUCGGCAAUGCUUUUCGUAUGGCAUACGUGGCGCAACUCCAGCGCCAACCGAUCCUUCAGGAUGUGAUCUCACCGCAGUCAUCGCCACCCUAUCGCAAAGACAAACAGGAGACCCGGUCCUCGUGGAACAAAUCGCUGGCUGGCGACAGUUCGAUCGCCGGCGUGGGAGGUGGUUGCAGAAAUUCAUCCUCGAAUUCGUGGCUGAAAAGUCGAACGUCGCCCACGUCCAGAACUGGAAGCGGUUCGUCUACGGCGGACAUGAACGUACAGCUCGGCAGCGCUGGCUCGCCCACGCUGCGACUCGCCAGCGUGAAGACGCCUAAUACGAUUCCUGGUCUACGACCGGCGCACAACUUCACGAACGUUCUCGGGCCCAUAACGAACGAGGACGAGCCAAAGAGUAUCUCUCAGCAAAGUACACCGAGCAGCGACGAGAGCAACUCACCGACACAACUUAACUCGUACAAGAGGCUAACGGACAAGCCGGCUCGGAUAAAGCAGUUGGCGAUGGGUUGGACAGGUGGACGUGACGUUCAUGGAUUGAACGGUGAGGAUGACAGCUGCCCCCUCGUCAGUGGUAGUAGCACGCCGACGAGCCCCUCGAACAGGCCGCAUUCUGGGGGUUACAUAAACGAGGCUAUCAUCGACUCGGAGGGCACCAGGCCGAACUACAACAAAAUACCCCCCUCCGAGAGCCUCGACAACACUAUUAAUGCAUCCAUUACCGCGAAGAAUUUCAACAUCGAGAACAACAGGAUAGGACACAAUUCUCCAAGUUCGGGGACGGAGACAGAAUUUAAAUCAAAAAGAAGAUCUCAGAUUAGUACCUCGAGCAGUUCGGUACCUGCUGACGGAAGUACACAUGGAUCGACACCAACACCACCACCUUUGCCAGAGAGAACAGACAGCCUGAACAAUCGCAGCGAGGAAGCCGAACUGCGUAAAGCCCCGUGGUUCCAAGCUGGAAUACCAAGGGAAAUAACGCUGGAAGUGUUGAGCCAAGAACCGGAAGGAGCGUUCAUGGUGCGCGAGAGCACCAGUAAACCCGGAUGUUAUGCCCUUUCGCUUCGAGUGCCGCGCGAAUUCCAGCCAAGCGGAAUAGCCCAUUAUCUUAUAAAGCGUACGAACAAAGGCUACAAAAUCAAGGGCUUCACAAAGGAGUUCACGACACUGACUGCCCUAAUUACUCACCACUCGGUGAUGCCAGAAUUACUGCCGUGCCCAUUGUCAUUAAGCCGGUACAACCCCAGCUUCGUGAAAAGCGAUUCGAACAAAGAUUUCGCGGACAUCGAUUCGGAUCCCGAUUACAAUACCCUCGCCGACUUCCGCAAGAUGAUGGCCGACUUGAACGUUUAGAAUGAACCGGAGAAUCGAGCCGAUCCGACCGGUGUUUCAUUCCUUGCGAAACCUCUCGUUCUUCGCGGUUUCAUGCGACCGAGGCGAAUUCAUUCCGAGAUAACAGACUGAAUUGCGCUUUAAAUUGAAAACAAAAGAAAUAGAAGAAAUAUACGAACGUGCACACGAUUGCACGAGGAACAAUGAGAGAUCACAAGACCGUGAUCCCGUCUUGGAUACCGCGCCGUUUUGUGUCCGAGCAUACUUAUCAAGGAACAAAGGAAUUUCUUGAUCGAAGAUGAGAAACGACACGCGACCGAGAAACGUUCUACGGUAGUGCCCGCUGAAUGGACGCUGUUUAUCACGCUGCGCGUUCCAACGCAUUUUAUUUAAUGACUCUGAGCUUCGUUUCUAUUCUAUGUUUGAUAUUGUUUGAUAUUUGAAUUUGAGAAGGUAAUAGAAAAUAUAUAGUGGACAGUUUGUUGAGGACAAAAUAUUUUUGGAAUUAGCAAUUGUCAGCGUUCAGUAUUCAUGACGGAAACUUAAUUUUAAAAUAAAAAGUAGCAUUACUUUUAAUUAUUAAAUUUAAUUCUUAUUUAAAGACAGCAUUGUCUAACAACGCUACCUUAAAGCUGGGUAUCUUUUAAUGAAAACUAUAUUGGAAGUAGCAAUUGAAAUACAUUUAUUUGAAUUGAAGUUUCACUAAACUGAAUUUCGAUUUCAAAUAAAUUGACAUGUAAUUAAAGUCGGUUUCAAAUGAAUUGACAUGCAAUUAAACUCGAUUUCAAAUGAAUUGACAUGUAAUUAAACUCGAUUUCAAAUGAAUUGACAUGUAAUUAAACUCGAUUUCAAAUGUGAAUUGAAAUAUCAUUAAACUCGAUUUCAAAUUAAUUGAAAUAUCUGGAAACACGAUUUCAAAUUAAUUGAAAUAUCAUUAAACACGAUUUCAAAUUAAUUGAAAUGUAAUUAAACUCGAUUUCGACGCUAUUGACAUUUAAUUAAUCGCCCGUUUCAUUUAAGCAAGAUAUUUAAAUCCGCGAGCUUUUGGGAACUUGACCGUUUCUUCUAAAUUAAAUCUCAAGUAAAAAUUUAUGAGAAUAUUGGUCACGAAACUGCGCCGAAUUUGUGACUAUUAAGCGGGCACUGCUGUAUUUUCUCUUAAGUGACACGCGAGAGUAUAUAAGAUAAAAAAUUUAACGAUCGCUACUAUUAACGGUAGCGACAGCGAAUCAAAAAUCGAUCAUAAUCGAAUCAUAAUCUUUUCCAAAGAAAACCGUACUCCAUCUAAUAGAAAAAAGUUUUCAGUUUUAUUAUAUUUCGAAUCUACAACACAUAAACAAAGUUUUCUAUUACCAUCAAACAAAAAUAAUUCCUGUUUUCAUUAUUCAAUACUAGAAUGCUAAUUUCAUACACAUUGAUAAUACAAAUAUGACUGGACUCAUUCAAGAACUGAACGCACUAAAAAUAUUCAGAAACAUUAUAACAUUAGUUUUAUCCUGUUCAUACUGUUUAAAGAAGAAAUAUAGUUCCAUUCAACUUCCGUUUCUCACGACGAGACUACAUUUUAUACAAAACUGUAAAAGCAUUAGAAGAAUGUAGGAAUUUUAUCAAAUCGUGUUCGACUUAUUAAACUUGUUACAAGUAGCUUACUUUUGCGCAAAACAAGAUUUUUCGUUAUUUCUAACUGACGUGGCCAUGUUCUUAUAUUCUUUUGAUGUUUCAUUAUCAUGAUUCUGAUUCUUGCAAUCAAUUUGGAGAUCCACAGUCUACCUACAACUCGGAAAAUUUCCAUUUUAUAUUGUAGAAUUUUAGUAUUAUAACAAAGCCCGAGAACCUGUAUAAUGAACGUCGAAAAUGAUCCCGAAAAUAAUAGCAUACUUUUUGAACAAUUAAACUCUUCAGUCACGCUUUCCACGCUCGAGGAAUGAUUGCUUGAGACGACUACGAUAUUACCAGCACCAUCGAAAUCAAAAAUGCAGAUCAACGUUUCGGUAAUUGUCGACGUGUGAAGGUCACGGGACGCCAGCUCUGCGGAAUCAAAUGAUCGAACAAUCGACUAGUUUGCUGUAGUUUUUUCUGCGAGACGAAUCGUUAACGUAAGAACGAGAUGAGUAUAUAUUUUGUAAUGUUAUUGCGACUGUCUUCGGUGUAGAUUUCGUUUCGAACCGACCGGUGAGAAAUUGAUUGGCGUUACAGAGCAUGAUCGAAUCUCGUUUCGAAACGAAGUUUUCGUCGGUAGCGUAACCGGCGAUCGUAAUCGAGAAAUGAAAUCUUGAAAGUCUGCCGGCAAAGUGUUGCCGAUCAAGAGUAGCGUAUUGAAUCGAUACACGAUUUUUAAUUAGACGCAUACGUCGGCGAUUAGGUGUGAUUUUCGAUCGAUCGAAGAGAGACAGAAUGAAAGAGAGAGAGAGAACGGUUCCCGGGAUUCAUUAACGUUUCACGCGACUAUAACAGCGUGUUCGGAAAAAAAUUGAUGUACAUGUGUUUAUAUGUAUAUAAAUUAUAAUUAUUGUUCUACCAUACUACUUAUAUUUAAUUGAGAGAACUCGGCGGCUGCGUUGCUGAGAGCUGUAUCCUUGAAACACUGGCGCAUAGUGCUCGGAAACCGCAGAAACGGAAAAUUUAAUACCGACAGAAAAUAUAUUAUUUAUUGUUAGCAGAACGAUUUCACAGUUUUUCCGCAAUGAUUUUAAUUCGCAAUUAAAUUCUGAGUAUAUCAUAUCUUCAACGCCUUUCAAUUGCAAUUAUAAUUCUAAGCGAAUUAGGGUAUAAUUGUUGGGAUUCUACUAUACCUGUAAUUAGACUGCAGAUCUUCGCGCAAAUUCUCAUUUUUGUACGUCAUUUCAAAUAUCAGAAUUAAAUAAAAAACGUUCAGUAAAAAGAAAAUAAAAAUGCUUUCAGACUUCGUCGAUUCAAACGUUUUCUUGCAUUUCUAAAAUCUACACAUGCCAUGAGCAUAUAAAGAUCCGCAAUCUAACUACAACUAUGUACAUUGUCGAUUUUUAUGCAAAAUAAAAAUUGUCUGAGUAGAACGCAAUGCAGUAUUUUUAAAUUUUACAAAUGUUUUUAAUGUACUAGAUUUUUGAUUUACUAAUAAUACAUAAAUUCAUCAAAUCCGCAACGUAAUUGUAACAUAUUUUUGUUUAUUAAUUACACGGAGUGAAAACAAUAACUUCUUUGUAAUUGAAUUAGUCGACUUGAACAGUUAUGAGAAGUUAGAAGGAUUAAUUUACUAAGUGAUGUGCGCGAGAGAAAUCGUGGAAAAAUUACAAUUGAUUGAAAUUGCGGAAACGAUACUGAGAAGAGUUCGUGUGUGCCAUUUACUGGGUUUUAAUUCCUGAAAAUAACUUUCAAAGUUUUCGAAGAAUAUUCUAUUAUAGUAUAAUUCACAUUGGAUCAAGUAAAGUAUACAAUAAGUAUACAGUAACUAUGCAAUAAGAGUGACUAUAAUGUGAUAUAGUAUAACUCUUCAUUGAGUGGAUGCAUUUAUUUUCAAAACGAACUUCGUUCUGUUCGGUAGCAUUUGAAGAUUUUGUUCUUGCUUUUCCAAACACGAAUUGAAUACCUUAAGUUAUUUAAGAGUUCCUUUUGUUACGAAAAUGGCCACCUCUAACAAUUUAUUUUAUAUUAAAAAAAAAAAUGAACACUGCCAGCAAUUUUCGUUGAAUUUAAUCAAGUAAUUCAAGUAACAGAUCCUACCCCAAAAAUAUUCGUAAAUCAAAGUCUCGUUCUCGAAAUGAAAAACCAUAUUUGAAUUCUUACCUAUCCGGCUAUUGAAAUAAAUUUCGAACCGAACCGAAGACUCGACAAUUUUUUGAAAAAAAAGAUGCGCAGAAUUAUAAAAGAAUUACAAUCAGCAACGAUCAUUUCUAAAUCAUUCCGACAUCAAAAUCUGUUGCCACAGUUUCACGAAUGUUGGAAAUAAAAAUAUGCUGGUCGUUGAACAAGAUGAUGUGAGAUUAUAGUUCGCGUUUCCACGGUCCAAGAGCACUAUGCGACGAGACGAAGCGUAGAUUUCCGUGGAAUAUCAAAGCCGACAGAGAGAAUAACUUCGAAGUGGUAAUUUAAUCGGUCGACUAACCUAGUCUUGUACAGAAUUCGCGUACGCAUAGUGAAUAUUAAGGGGGAAAACAUAAGGAAAGAUAACCGUGUGCGUGUAACAGCCGAUAUCGUCUAGCAAAACGAAGGAACGUAUGCUGCUUUUUUGUAUAUCGAGGAACGUAGGAACGUGUUUCAAAGAAGAAUAUACAUACUUCGCGCGACUGCUACUUCUCGAUUUCCUAUUUUAUUUCUUCGAAUGCACGGGAGACUAAACGAAAACGAAAGACAGCAACAACAAGAACAAAUCGAACAAUUUACUUAAACGCAACUGCCAACCCCUCCACCGAACGAUACGAACGUAUUGGAUCAGAUUAUAAGAACGUCAAUUUAUCCUAUAGGAAGCAAUACGUGGGAGAGACAAGACGAGAUAACUGGUAAAUUAUGAAAUAGUAUUUUAAUAAGAAGCCCACGUGUGAAACGUGAGGUGUCGAAUUCACUGGAACACACCUGUCAUGCUACGAUUUAUUGUAUACAGUUCACCGCAAAUAGUAUUCGAUCACAUUAAUUGGUAAACGAAUUUCGCCGAGAAUUUCGCAGAUAAUAUGUUGAUCGAUGAAAAAGUAAAUCGAAGUCUAUUUUUGAGGAACGCUGUUCAAUCGAUUCAAUCGAAAAUAGAGUUCGAUCGAUUCUUUUCAUUUGUGAAGCGAAGAUUCUACGCGAAAUUCGGUGCUUAAGGUGGCUGAAUAUUUUUGUAACAACUGUGAAAGGAUUAAAAACAAAAAAAAAGAAACAAAAUGGUAAACUUGUUUGGUUUAUGGCGACCGACUCGACGGGAAACGCAUAGCAGCUAUAAUGCGGACUUCAAAAGUAAUGCGCGUGCAAACAACAAAUCGCUUAUCAUUACCUUCGAAAAAAAAACAUAAAACUGCAAAGAAUAAGAGUUCAGCAUGAUUUAGCUAGUUUAUGAGGAUUCAUUGUGCUUGGAUGAUCGAGAGCACGGUACAGAGAGGAAGUGUCUUUGUAUCGCCAAAUUAAUUAACGUCUGCUAAGGUAAAUACGCAAAGAAAACGAAUGAGAAAUUAAUUAAUCGUCGUAAUCUACGCUAAGCGAGACAUUAAUCACUGCUUGAAGUUUGUAACGGUUUACGAAUCAUUAUAGCGAUGCGUUGUAUAAUUUUAAUAAAAUUAUUUAUUACAAUAAACGAUAAAUAAAAUAAUAUAAUUUAGUCUACGA